UGCGAUUGGGACCUUUCCCGAUCAUGUGACCGUCGUGCAGGUGAAUCACGACGGUCACAUGACCCUAAAUUCCUGUCCCAACCCACUGCUUGCAUCAUGGCUAACCCCCGGUUCACAUCUGUGCGGGUGGUGCCGCUGAGGAUCCGUACGAAAAUCCGUGCAGACGCACCACCCGCACAGAGAAUUGAGGACCUGCGGGCGGGUGCCUUUAUUUCUAAUAGCCCGCCGCCCGCACUGGGAAACGCAACCGUACUGGGAACCUCGGCUGCGUAUUCCAAUGUAAUGCAGGGACUUCUUUCCCUGCGUGUCACUGAGCACGGGAGUCCAUUCAAAUGAAUGGGCUCUCGUGCCCGAGCAAAACGCAGCCCGCACGGCCGCAUAGGUGUGAACCGGGGGUGAGGGCAGAUGA